AUGCCAAAAACGGAUGUUCUCAUAUCCGGUUCCGGUUCAGCUGGUGUCUUCGCAGCAACUUGGCUGGCAAUCUACAAUAUCCCAUUUACGAUUCUGGAGCGACGUCCUGGUCCACUAAAGAUCGGUCAAGCAGAUGGCGUUCAGGUGCGCACAGUAGAGAUUUACGAGUCAUUUGGUCUAUCGGAGGAUUUGUUGCGUGAGGCAUACCAUAUCCUGGAAGUGUGCUUCUGGGGUGUCGAUGAAGAUGGCAAUGGCAAUGAGCAGGGCGGCAUCAAGAGGAAGAGUAGAUCAAUCGAUACGGAGAAGGGCCUGAGUCAUUUACCGCAUGUGAUCUUGAACCAAGCGCGCAUGAACGGACUCAUGCUGGGAAAGAUGGAGACCAUCUUGAAAGAGCAGGGAAGAUGGAGAGAAGGUACGAGCAACGGGAUCGAAUACGGCUGGGCCGUCAAGAGCGUGGAAAUAGACGAGAAGAGAAAGCAUGAUCCGAACGCGCAUUGCGUCAAAGUGACCGCUGAGAAAGAUGGCAAGGAGGAAGUCUGGGAAGCGAAAUACGUCUUAGGCUGCGAUGGCGCGCAUUCCACCAUUCGCAAAGCCCUCGACAUCCGCAUGCUCGGCGACUCUUCCGAUACCGUUUGGGGCGUCAUGGACAUCUACCCACUUACAACCUUCCCCGACAUCCGCCGCAAAUGCACGAUACACAGCACCGCCGGGAACCUCAUCAUCAUUCCCCGCGAGGGUGGUCAAUUAGUCCGGUUCUACAUCCAGCUUCCCGCCGGCACGCAGCCCAAGACAGUGAAAUUGACCGACUUGCAAAACCAGACUCGUAGAAUUUUUGCACCGUAUACCAUGGACUUUGUUGAUGUCUUCUGGUGGAGUGCAUACAGUAUUGGUCAGCGCCUUGCUGAAGUGUUUCAUGCGCAUAACCGCGUCUUUUUGACGGGCGAUGCGUGUCAUACGCAUUCGCCGAAGGCAGGUCAGGGGAUGAAUGUGUCCCUCCAAGAUGGAUACAAUAUUGGCUGGAAGCUUGGCUCCGUUCUUUCUGGUCUUUCACCUCCUUCCCUACUGUCGACAUACAUCACCGAGCGCAGCAAGACGGCAGCUGACCUCAUUGCUUUUGACAAAGAGCUAGCAAAGAUGAUCAGCAGGAAAGACCGGUAUGAAGGCGAGUUUGCGGACUACUUUAGGAAGAGUGGAAGUGAUGGGAGGUGGCGCGUCGUGGUGUUUGGAGGGGAUGUCAACCAAGCGCAGCAUCGCGAGCGACUGGCCAAGUUGGCGAAAGCACUCGAAGCAAUCGCAUGCAGAUAUACACCUGCUGGAAAACACAUCGACGGUGUCAUCGAGACAAUCCUCAUAUUGAGCAGCAAAUUUGCGGGAACUGAACAAGAAAGCAUACCGGACUACUUCUGGCCAAAGAGCGGAAAGUGGAAUAUACGCGAUCUUCACAAGACGUUCGUUGAUGAUGAUCAUUACAACUCCGGUCACGGACAUGCCUACGAGAAGUACGGUGUGAGCCCCGAUGUGGGCGCAGUCAUCAUUGUGAGACCUGAUCAAUAUGUAUCCAAAGUCACGACCUUGACCGACUUCGACGGCAUCGCUGGCUUCUUUGCAGACUGCUUGGUCGAACAGGCGUCCACACUGGUUGCGGGCGCAUCCGCGAAGUUAUGA